GAAAAAACUAUUUUGUUAUCAAACUAAAAGUAACAUUUAACAAAAAAUUGCAUUCAAUUUUUAUAAACACCAAUAUAAACCUGACAUUUAAGUUGACAGGCGAUAUUCAAAUGUCACGUUGACGCCAGAUAAGAUCCUCUCUGACGUUCACUUCAUAAUAGUUGCCGCAUGUGCGAAUUGUACAUGUUGGAAUAAAUGCAGUAACAUAAAUUAAAAACUGCACCGCCGAUAAACCAAUUCGAAAAUGUCCGAAAUCGAGGUAACACAAGACGACAAAUCAGCCGAGAGCAUCCCGGAGGUUGAAGAAAGAAUCCUAACCUAUUGGAAGAAAAUAGAUGCGUUUAAAACGUGUUUAAAAAAUUCCAAAGGCAAACCGAAAUUCGCCUUUUACGACGGACCCCCGUUCGCCACCGGUUUGCCACAUUAUGGUCACAUAUUGGCCGGUACCAUCAAAGACAUCGUCACCAGGUAUGCGUACCAGCAGGGUUACGACGUCGAAAGGCGUUUCGGAUGGGACUGUCACGGUUUGCCUGUCGAGUUUGAAAUUGACAAAGCUUUCGAUAUCAAGGGUCCGGAUGAUGUCAUGAAAAUGGGCAUUGGCAAUUACAAUGCCGAGUGCAGGAAAAUUGUCACAAGGUACACUGAAGAAUGGAAAUAUAUUGUUACUAGGCUCGGCAGAUGGAUUGACUUCGAUAACGGAUACAAAACCCUGAAUCCAUCUUUCAUGGAGUCUGUAUGGUGGGUAUUCCAACAACUGUACAACAAAGGUCUCGUGUAUCAGGGUAACAAAGUAAUGCCCUACUCGAACGCCUGCUGCACACCCUUGUCCAACUUCGAAUCAGGCCAAAACUACAAGGACGUCGUGGAUCCUGCGGUUACCGUUGCUUUACCAAUAAUCGGAGACGCAGAAAAGGCUUCGCUUCUGGUGUGGACCACCACACCGUGGACGUUGCCCAGCAAUUUGGCCGCUUGUGUGAACGGCAACUUGGACUACGUCAGGCUGAAGCAGGUCGCCUCCGGAAAGAUUUACAUCAUCCUGGAAGCUAGGAUUGAGUCCGUGUUCCCGGCCGGAGAAUACGAAGUUUUGAGAAAGUUUAAGGGUAGCGAAUUGGUGGGUUUGAAGUACGAGCCAAUUUUCCCCUACUUCAAGCACUUGACCACCGCCUUCAGGGUGCUAGUCGAUGACUAUGUGAGCUCCGAAUCUGGUACCGGUAUUGUACAUCAAGCCCCGUACUUCGGAGAGGACGAUUACAGGGUAUGCUUGGAGCAUGGCGUCAUUACGAAGGAUCAGGAGCCGGUUUGUCCCUUGGACGCGACCGGAAAGUUCGUUGCCCCUGUCAGCGAUUUUUUGGGCCAGUACGUGAAGGAUGCUGACAAGAACAUCAUUGCUUAUCUCAAGGCCAACGGCAGACUAGUGCACCAAUCUCAAGUGAAGCACAGUUAUCCAUUUUGCUGGAGGUCCGACACUCCAUUGAUCUACAGGGCAAUACCGUCGUGGUUCGUGAGAGUCGAACACAUGAGGGACGACUUGCUGAAAGCCACGUCUGAAACGUACUGGGUACCAGACUUCGUUAAAGAGAAAAGAUUCGGCAACUGGUUGAGUGAGGCACGUGACUGGGCUGUGAGCAGGAACAGAUACUGGGGUACUCCAAUCCCAAUUUGGACCAACGGCGAAGAGUACCGCUGUAUUGGUAGUAUUGCUGAGUUGGAAGCAUUAACUGGUCAAAAGAUCACCGACUUGCACAGGGAAAGUAUUGAUCACUUGGAGAUCCCCAGUCAGGUUCCUGGUAAACCUCCACUAAAACGCAUCAGCGAAGUAUUCGACUGUUGGUUCGAGUCUGGUUCUAUGCCUUAUGCCCAACAGCAUUAUCCCUUCGAGAGGAAGAAGGAGUUUGAAGAGCUGUUCCCUGCUCAUUUCAUUGCUGAGGGUAUUGAUCAAACGAGAGGCUGGUUCUACACGUUGAUUGUCGUGUCCACUGCAUUAUUCGGCAAGGCUCCGUUCAAGAACCUUAUUGCUAAUGGUCUGAUUUUGGCUAGUGAUGGACAGAAGAUGUCCAAGAGGAAGAAGAACUAUCCUGACCCCAUGGAGGUUGUAUCCAAGUACGGUGCUGAUGCCCUUAGGUUGUAUUUAAUUAAUUCCCCAGUUGUAAGGGCUGAAAACCUCAAAUUUAUGGAAGAUGGCGUUAGAGAUAUAGUCAAAGACGUCUUCUUCCCUUGGAACAACAGCUUAAGGUUCCUGAUGCUGAACGUUAACUUGUACAACAGGGAUAACCAGACAACUUUCCGGUACAGAGAUGAGGACGUCAAAGCCACGAACGUGAUGGACCGCUGGAUUUUAUCCUUCACUCAAUCCUUGCUAGAAUUCGUACGCCAAGAAAUGGCACUGUACCACCUGUACACUGUGGUACCAAGGCUAACUAAAUUCAUCGACUUCCUGACCAACUGGUACAUUCGCAUGAACAGGAAACGUCUGGGUGGUGGUGAAGGGAAAGAGGAGUGCAAGUCUGGCCUCCUCACCCUCUUCAACGUGCUCUUCAACAUCGCUAAAAUAAUGGCACCGUUUGUGCCUUUCGUAGCCGAAAACAUGUAUUUAACCCUGAAGACAAUGACCGAAUCAGCCGAAAAGAGUAUCCACUUCCUGAUGCUGCCCACUCCAAACCAGUCCCUGAUCGACGUCGACAUUGAACGCGCCGUGUCCCGCAUGCAGAGCGUCAUUGAACUGGGUCGCGUAGUCCGAGACCGCAAGACUAUUCCCCAAAAGUACCCUCUGCCCGAAAUCAUAAUCAUCCACCAAGACCCGAACUACAUUGAUGACAUAUUGCGUCUCAAGCACUACAUCCUCUCCGAACUGAACGUGAGGAAGAUCACGACGACAACGGACCGGAAAACGUUCGGCAUCACGCUGAGGGCCGAGCCCGAUUUCAAGGCACUCGGCGCCAGACUGAAGAAGGAGCUGAAGGCCGUUACGCAAGGCAUCAAGUCGCUGACAGACGUGGAGAUUAACGAGUUCCGCACGGCUGGGUAUAGAGAAAUAGCGGGACAGCGCAUCGAUAUCUCCGAGGUGCGACUGAUCUUCAAUUCGGAAAGUCUCAACACCAACCAGUACGAAGUGAACGACGACAAGGAGGUGCUGAUUUUGUUGGAUGUGACCCCUGAUUCAUCCAUGUUGGACGAAGGCACGGCCAGAGAGAUCAUCAAUAGGGUGCAAAAGCUGAGGAAGAAGGCCGGUUUGGUGCCCACGGACGAAAUUACCGUUCACUACAAAGCUACCGGGGACUUGGAGAGGAUCUCCAAGGAAUAUCAAGGGUUCAUUGAGGGCACCAUCAAAGCUCCCUACAAACCGGUACCGCAGGAACGUGACUCGUUGCUCUUGAUCAUCGAAGAAGAGCAGAAACUGAAGGACUGUUCGCUGCGUAUUUAUUUGAAGAAGGUCUCGGAUGUAGUUGUCCCAUCUGUACAGUGGGCCAAUUUACAAUUAGUUGAUCUGCCGCCGAGAUACCCCAAAGGCGACAAAGGCAUGGUGCUGUUGAAUGUUGCCGGCUCACCAAUUAGCUUAAACAACUUUAGGAAAGGCAUAUUUACUUUGUUUGGUGCAAGUAAGUUUGACCUUUGGACCAGCAAAUGCCAGAUUAAAACUGAUUCUGAUCUUAAAAAAGUAAACGCCGAAACCAUAUUUGUUACACCAGUUAAUAGCCAAGCAAAAUUACCGGCCAGUAGUGGUUUACCUUACUGCAAAGUUUUCAACUUUAAUUGCAAAGCAGGACAAGGUUCUAUUCUUCUUGAAAACCCCAAGGGACACAAUCAAAUGACUGGCAGCACACGCGACGCACUUAUUGCGAAAUGGGGCUUGUAGUUGAAUUAUUUAUUUAUUAUUUAUGACGUAACUUAAUUUACCUACCGUUAUUUUUGUAAAUUUGAUAUGUGUCAGUAUUUCAAUCAAUAUAUGAUUUCAGGUCCAA